AUGUCAACGCUGGCAUCUCUGCAGAUGCUGCUCAACUCUCUGAACUCCACUGCCCCCAGCAACAGGACCGACGAGCCGGCCAACAGAAGCAGCGCCUGGUGCCAGGGUGUCUUCAUCCCCAACGAGCUCUUCCUGACGCUGGGCCUUGUCAGCCUGGUGGAGAAUGUGCUGGUGGUCACAGCCAUCAUUAAGAACAGGAACCUGCACUCACCCAUGUACUAUUUCAUCUGCUGCCUGGCUGUGUCCGACAUGCUGGUGAGCAUCAGCAACCUGGUGGAGACCCUGUUCAUGCUGCUGAUGGAGCACGGCAUGCUGGUCCUCCAGACCAGCAUCGUUCGCCAGAUGGACAACGUCAUUGACAUGAUGAUCUGCAGCUCCAUGGUGUCAUCGCUCUCCUUCUUGGGGGCCAUCGCCGUGGACCGGUACAUCACCAUCUUCUAUGCCCUGCGCUAUCACAGCAUCAUGACCAUGCAGCGGGCGGUGAUCAUCAUUGUGGGCAUCUGGGUCGCCAGCACCAUCUCCAGUAGUAUCUUCAUCACCUACUACAAGAACAACGCCGUCAUCCUCUGCCUCAUUGGCUUCUUCCUCUCCAUGCUCAUCCUCGUGGUGGGGCUCUACAUCCACAUGUUCUCCUUGGCACGCCACCAUGCCAAGAACAUCUCCAGCCUACAGAAGAAACGCACCGUCCACCAGAUGACCAGCAUGAAGGGGGCAGUCACCCUCACCAUCCUGCUGGGAGUCUUCUUCAUGUGCUGGAGCCCCUUCUUCCUGCACCUGACGCUGAUCAUCACAUGCCCCAAGAACCCCUUCUGCACCUGCUUCUUCAACUACUUCAACCUCUUCCUCAUCCUCAUCAUCUGUAACUCAGUGAUAGACCCACUCAUUUAUGCUUUCCGGAGCCAGGAGCUCAGGAAAACCCUGAAGGACGUGGUGCUGUGUUCCUGCUUCCCGCCCCCGCCCGCUCCGCUCCUGCGCCCCCCGAGCCGCCUGCAGCAGCCACAGCCGCCGCCCCGGGCCAGCAUGAGGGAGAUCGUGCACAUCCAGGCGGGCCAGUGCGGCAACCAGAUCGGAGCCAAGUUCUGGGAGGUGAUCAGCGAUGAACACGGGAUAGACCCCAGCGGGAACUACGUGGGAGACUCUGACCUGCAGCUGGAGCGGAUCAGUGUCUACUACAAUGAGGCUUCCUCUCACAAGUACGUACCCCGUGCGAUCCUGGUGGACCUGGAGCCCGGGACCAUGGACAGCGUUCGAUCGGGGGCAUUUGGACAUCUCUUUAGACCUGACAACUUCAUCUUUGGUCAGAGUGGUGCUGGCAACAACUGGGCAAAGGGGCACUACACAGAGGGUGCUGAGCUGGUGGACUCUGUCCUGGACGUGGUGAGGAAGGAGUGUGAGAACUGUGACUGUCUGCAGGGCUUUCAGCUCACCCACUCCCUGGGUGGUGGCACUGGUUCAGGCAUGGGUACCCUCCUCAUCAGCAAGGUCCGUGAAGAGUACCCUGACCGGAUCAUGAACACUUUCAGCGUGGUGCCUUCUCCCAAGGUGUCCGACACAGUGGUGGAGCCCUACAACGCCACCUUAUCCAUCCACCAGCUAGUGGAGAACACAGACGAGACCUACUGCAUCGACAACGAGGCCCUGUAUGACAUCUGCUUCCGAACCCUUAAACUGGCCACGCCCACCUACGGUGACCUCAACCACCUAGUCUCCGCCACCAUGAGCGGCGUCACCACCUCCCUGAGAUUCCCUGGCCAGCUCAACGCUGACCUGAGGAAGCUGGCAGUCAACAUGGUGCCUUUUCCUCGCCUCCACUUCUUCAUGCCAGGCUUUGCCCCCCUCACAGCCCGUGGCAGCCAGCAGUACCGAGCCCUGACAGUCCCCGAGCUCACUCAACAGAUGUUUGAUGCCAAGAACAUGAUGGCCGCCUGUGACCCACGUCAUGGACGCUACCUGACGGUGGCCACAGUCUUCAGAGGCCGCAUGUCCAUGAAGGAGGUGGAUGAGCAGAUGCUCGCCAUCCAGAGCAAGAACAGCAGCUACUUCGUAGAGUGGAUCCCCAACAAUGUCAAGGUGGCAGUCUGCGACAUCCCACCCCGGGGGCUGAAGAUGUCUUCCACUUUCAUUGGGAACAGCACGGCCAUCCAGGAACUCUUCAAGCGCAUCUCGGAGCAGUUCACUGCCAUGUUCCGACGCAAAGCCUUCUUGCACUGGUACACAGGUGAGGGCAUGGACGAGAUGGAGUUCACAGAGGCAGAGAGCAACAUGAAUGACCUGGUGUCAGAGUACCAGCAGUACCAGGAUGCCACAGCUGAAGAGGAAGGGGAGAUGUAUGAAGACGAUGAGGAGGAAUCUGAGGCCCAGGUUGCCAAGUGAAGCCUCUAGAGUUGGCCUGCAUCAAGUUUCUUACCAUGAAGGUCAAGCUUCUACAGCACCCUACUGUCCAGCGUGGUCCUCCGUCUUCGCUACUUGUUAGCCGAGUACUAGACAACAUCUAUUUAGUUGCUUCUGAUUAAAGAGUCCACAUUUUUAAAUCAUUCUGUAGUUACUAACCAUCUCCCCUCCCCAUCCUUGAGUUAGCACAGCUGUAGCCCGUCCUCAUGACUCUGAUCAUGUCGAUGACCCUGAUGUUUAAUUUUUUUUUACUGGUUUGUGUCGGGUUUUUUUAAUUUUUUUUUGGAAUACUUAAUAAAUG